AUGUCUACAACGGCAGCCCCGAUGUCACUUUACGCCCCUUCACCAUCUUACGUACCGCGUACGCUAUCCAGACCAAACUCACCUGCUCUCCCUCCGAAACCUCAGACAAACGGACACUAUGGUCAUGCUAGAUCAUCUUCUACAUCUAGACUCGAAUCGCCUUCGACAAUACCCAGAGCUACGAUGGUGUCACCAGGGUUAGGAGCUGCACCUACGCCCAGACUCGGCCACAUGGAAAGAAGUUCAAGCGGACUAAGACAUGAGGUCAAAGGCGAAGAGAAGGGAGUGAAAGAUCAAGCUGCUCAAGCUAUUUUGAAGAUCUUAUCUUCCUUACCUGCCCCUUUGCCUGAGAAUCUGCCUCCCACAUUCCUUCCUACACCGUCUACUUCCCCAGUGUCUGCAACUUCUUCACCACCACGUACUUUUGGUGAAUAUGCUCGCUCCUCCUUGAAACGAAACAAGCGGAAAAGGCCAACCGAUUCCUCUGAUUCAUCUUCGGAUGAACCACCCUCAGCUGGAGUUGGUCUCGGUCUCGGCUUAUCAAUGUCACCCGAAUCAAAGAAAAGACCAAAAGGUGACUCGGGACCUGAAAGCAUAAGACGAUCUUCGUCAUUCGGCAAUGGAAGAGCUCUUACUCCUAACGGGCUGCCUACUCCUAGCCCAGCCAUGCAGAGUAAAAAAUUAGGUGGUAGCGGCUUGAGAAAUGAAGUUAUAGAAAAGGAAAAAGAAGAAGGUAAAGAAAAUUGGUCAAAAGAGAAGUGGAGAGAAAUGGCUCUUGCUUACAAAGGUAGAGCUCUCUUACUAAAACGUCAUGGGGACGCAUACCAACGUGCUCCUAACGCUCACCCUCAAUUCGUCUCGCAAUUGCCUUAUGAUCAGCUCAAAGGACUUUUAUGUCAUACAGACGCUGUUCUAUUUUGGCUCUACUCGUAUUUCUGUGACGAACAAGGUGGUCAUAGAAUCCGCUCUUCACCGUACUACGAGUCGGCCCCAUUCAGAGAAUUUGUCAGGAAAGGCUGGGAAUACGAGAUGCGGAGAGUCCUUGAAGAAGAUGAUGGCAGAAAGGAAAUGGCUCAAGCUAUGGUCGGCUUAAUGCACCUGAUAGAAGCUGUAAUAGGCUAUCAUCUUCACUCCCAAUUCCUUGUUCAUCUCAAUAGAAGAGGUAAAGAAUUAGCUUCAUCAUCUACAUUAAAUGCGCAUGGACCUUCACCUGGAUCGACGACAUCGAAUUCACCGCCGGGGUCAGCUUUACCACCUUCUUCUCAACCUCAUCCUUCACCAGCUGCCAGAUCUUCCUCUUCCUCUUCACAUCAUUCACCCGAAUCACAAGGAUCAUAUUCUCUACCAUCAGAUUUACUUCCGUUAAUCUCGGAUUCUACUUCAUCUUCGACCAAAGUUCAUCAAAGUCUAUUGACUUCACGUCAUCACCUCACUUUGCGAUUACUACGGACAUAUUUCCCAAAGACAUUUGAAUAUGCUCUUACAUCCGAAUUGAACGACGAAGCAUUGCCCGUCCCAGGAGAUAAUCUAGGUUCAGCGAAAAGAGUCGAUGUUGAUCAUCCAGAAAAAUUCGCUUGGCCAAUAGAAUUAGGAAUGUGUGCACCUGUAGCUCAUACAGUCGCGUUUGGAAGAUGUCUAGUGGAAGAAAUGGCCGAAAAUAUAGGUAUAGUCUGGGAAAGAAAGUUGGAAUAA